CUUCGGCCCUGGCGGGCGCCGGAGCCGCCGCCAUGAGCGGGGCCGGGGCCGGGGCAGACCGGCCGUCCCCGGCCAAGCUCCGCCGUCUGGACGAGCCCAGCGGGGCGGGCCCUGCCGCCGCCGUUACCCGCGGGGAGGCGGCCCGUUCCCCCACCCCCGCCGGAGGUCGCGGUGAGGGCCGCAGCGCGCGCGCGCGGGGCGACGGGUCCGGGCAUGCGCGGGGCGGCGGCGGCGGGGACGCGCGCGCGCCCCCUGGCGGCUGCCCGGAGAUCGCGGCUUUGGCCGGGGAGGGGCUGGAGACCCCCGGGGAGGGCACGGGGGGACCGGAGAUCACCGGAGAGCUCGUGGCCAGCCUGGAGACCACCGAGGAGGCCAAGGGGAGCCUGGAGGCCACCAACGGGCCCAAGGGGAGCCUAGAGACCAUCAACAGAUGCAAAGGGAACCUGGAGACCACAAGUAGCGGCUGCUUGGAGCAGGAAAAAGGGGGUUUGGAGACCACCAGAGAGGUCACAGAGGGGAUGGAGACCACCGGUGAGGCCACGGGGGACCUGGAAAUUGCUGCCACGCACUCCUCGGAGCAGAACAAGGGUGUCCUGAAGACUCCCAUGGAAUCCAAGGGAAGCCUGGAGGCCACCAGCAAGGCCACAGGUGGUCUGGAGAGCAGCGGGGAAGUCACAGGGAGCCUUGGGACCACCAAUGGGCGCAAAGGGAGCCUGGAGACAGCCGUCACUCGCUGCUUGGAGCAAGGGAGAAGGAGCAAGGCGGGCCUGGAGACCACCACCAAGGUCCUGGGGAGCGUGGAGAGUGAUGCUUCUCCUGGUGGGGAGCUGAAAAGCACCAGCAGGCGCAAGGCAAAGACCCCUGCGAGGCCCAGGCUGAGCGUAGAGACUGCCAGUAGCCCGUGCUUGGAGGGGGAGACAAGCGGGAAGGGGGGUCUGGACACCAGCGGGGAGGUCUUGGGUGGCUUGGAGGCCACCAGAGAAGACACAGGGAGCCCGGAGACCACCAUCACUGGCCACGGGAAGCUGGACAGAGAGCAGAAAGGGGGCGUGGAGUUCACCACGGAGCCCGAGGAGGGCCUGGAGCCCACAGCCUGCGUGGGGCAGAGCCGGGGUGGCCCCGGGCUCCCAGAUCUCAUGGGGGUCCCAGAGCCCGCGGGGGUCCCAGUCCCCAAGGAGCCCGUGGCCGAGGAGAGCGCGGUGAUCUCCCUGGACGAGGACGAGGAGGAGGAGGAGGAGCGGGACGAAGGGCCGGCGCGGUACCUGGCGGCGCUGGAGGCCGUGCAGCUGGAGCUGGAGGCCGUGGAGGAGGAGGCGGCUCGAGCCUUUCGCCGCCUCCGCGCCCGCUUCUGCCUCCGCCGCCGGCCCCACCUGCAGCGGCGCAACCGCCUCAUCCAGCACAUCCCCGGCUUCUGGGUCACCGCCUUCCUGAACCACCCGCAGCUCUCGGCCAUGAUCAGCGACCGCGACGAGGACGCGCUGAGCUACAUGACGAGUUUGCAGGUGGAGGAGUUCGGCCAGAGCCGCCCCGGGUGCCGCAUCCGCUUCUUCUUCAGCGUCAACCCCUAUUUCCAGAACGACGUCGUGGCCAAGGAGUUCGUGCGCGGCCCCUCUGGUCACCUGGUGUCCCACUCGACCCCCAUCCGGUGGUGGCAGGGGCAGGACCCCCGGUCCCGCUCCCACAAGGGCCCCCCAGCCCCCCGCAGCUUCUUCGCGUGGUUUGGGGACCACAGCUUCCCUGCGGGGGACCGCGUGGCCGAGAUCAUCAAGGAGGAGCUUUGGCCCAACCCGCUCCAGUUCUACCUGCUGGGGGAGGGCGCCGAGGGACCCCCCGACAGUGAGAGUGGCGAGGACUGCGUGGUGAUCCUGGAUGACGACGAGGACGUGCAGGAGAUCCCAGAUGAUGGGGAUGGCAGUGGCGUGGAAGAGAUCCCAACAGAGGAGCCCCCCAACCCCCCCGUGGGACAGAAAGACCCCAACUGGGGCAGAAUUUAAUUGGGGGGGGGGGGAUUUGGGGGUGCUGCACAUCUCCACCCCUCCGGCAUUGCGGGGUAACGAGGGGCUGGGGGCCCCCCAACACAGCUCAGGGUGUUCGAAGGCCUUUCACCCCCCCCUGCCCCCCCAAACAUUUCAUGACCCCCCCCCUCCAGGGACCCCCAAUCUCCUCAGCUCCAUCACCUGGGGGGUGGGGGGGUCCCCCUAAAUCCCUCCCUCCCACCCACACACCACACACAAGGGGAGAAACACAACCAUUUCCUGACCAUUUUUGUACAUUUUGGGUUAAAAACUUGUAAAAUUUUCUUUUUAUAUCUAAAAAUAUAUUAUAAUAAAGAGAAAGUUUUAACAGA